UUAAUCACCACUGGGUUUUUUUUUUUUUUCUUGCAAAACAAACUAAAAAAGACUGAAAAUUCUGAAAAAAAAGGUUCUGUUAUAACAUUUUGUAAAUAAGUAAUUUUUCUCCUUCACUGAUGUGCGCUAAUGAGGCUGCAGUGAUGGGCAUUGAUAGGCUGCACUGAUGGGCACUGAUGAGGAGGCACUGGUGGCACUGAUGAGGAGGCACUGGUAGGUGGCACUGAUAGGCAUUGAUAGACAU